CAAAGAGUCUACCAAAACUCCUGGUUUGACUCCUCAAGUUAGCGGUUACUUGACAUGUCACGACGGAAACGAGACCCAGAUUUGCUUUAUCAGGUAUCAAACGGGGAAGACGAUGUCCUGAUUUCCCUCGAGGAGGAGGAAGUACUCUGGGUAGGCGUGAAGAGUCUGAAAUCCGUGCGGAGGUUGAUGACGGAAUAUAGAGAAUCAAAAAAAGAAGAGUAAAAGGCAGAAAAAGGAUACAGUUGAGGCUGAUGAUUUUGGUUCACUUUUUGGUGAUGGUAUUGCUGGUAAAUUACCUAGGUUUGCAAAUAGAAUCACUUUGAAGAAUGUUGCACCUGGAAUGAAGCUUUGGGGUGUUGAAGCAAAUGAGAAAGAUAUAGCAGUUAGUCUCCCAGGUGGAUUACGUGGAUUGGUUCGAGCGAAUGAGGCAUCUGGCCUUAUAGCAGGAUUCGAUAAAGGUACAGGCACAGGGAGGAAAAAGGUUUGGCUUUCUUUGCGGCUUGCUGUAUUGCAUAAGAACUUGACGUGGGAUGCGAUACAAGAAGGGAUGGUGUUAAUGGUGUAUGUGAAAAGCAUUGAAGACCGUGGUUACAUUCUUAAUUUUGGGCCUUAUUCCUUCACUGGUUUUCUCUCUAGAAAAAAUAUUAUUGAUCCAUCAACUAGGGCUGUUGGUCUCACCAUGAACUAUCACCUUGUUCAUAAUGAAGCUCCUCCUUCAUUAGAGUUGAUAGAGUGUUUGACCUGCUGCUUGAGAUUCCUUCAACUCCAGUACCAACUCCUUCGUAUGUUAGCAUAUCGGAUGUGGCUGAUGGUGGAAAUUCGGAAGUUGGAGAAAAAGUACAAGGAAGGGAAUACUGUUCGUGCAUGCAUUCUAGGAUUCAGGCACUUAGAAGGACCCGCAUUGGGUAUCUUUCCCUUAAUGUAUUUUCUCUGCAUGAGAGGUGCACAUCAUCAGAUUAGAGGCCUUAAUUUGCACAAAAAAUUUAUAGAGAAUUUAUCCACCAAGGCUGGUGCUUUGAGGGAUCAGUUUUCACUCACUCAGAUGCCAAGCCAGGCAUGGUGGGGGGAAGGUAACCUCUGUCAGGAACUUUGGUGCUCAUGUGCAGCCAUCGACUGGUGUGAAGGCCCUUUGUCCUCUUAUACAGAACUUGAAGUCCCAAAGCCUGGGAAGAAAUUCAAGGUUGGAGUAGAUUUAACAUUUCGAGUGCUAGGUUUCAAGUCCAGGCUUAUAUCACUCACCCACAAAGAAACUCGUGUCAAGUCAAAACUUGCUAUUCUUAGUUCAUAUGCCGAUGCUACUGAUGGACUAAUAACACAUGGAUGGAUCAGAUCAGAAAAGUCGAAACAUAUGGGUGCUUUGUGAACUUUUACAAUGGAGUGCACGGAUUUGCUCUUUGAUCUGAACUUGGAUUAGACCCAGGCUGUGAAGCAAGUUCAAUGUAUGAUGCUGGACAAGUCGUGAAUUGUAGGUUAUUGAGUGCAGCAUUAGAUUUCUUAUGUCUCCAACAAGGUGUAUGAGGGUUGGCUAUCUCUUAGAAUUUACAAACUUCUGUAUGUUAAAUCGACGGUUGUGAUGUCUGGUCACCACUAGCUUUGAAGAACAUCAGAAGAAGCUGCAUUAAAGUUCGGUAGUGUGGUUUCUGGUAUUGUUGAGCGCUUGACUCAUAUUGCAGUUAUCGUCAAAGUGAACGCUAAAGGUUAUUCGAACAGUACCAUACUCACUGAACAUUUGGCGGACCACCAAGCGCAUACUACUUCAAUGAAGUCUGUGCUGAAGCCUGGGCAUGAAUUUGAUCAACUUGUGGUUCUAGGGAUAUGCCUGCAAUUCGAUAAUAGCUCCUAAAAGUAAACGGAUAUCUCUGAGGGCUUCAGCAUCGGGCAAUCUGUCCGAAGUCAUGUCGAAACUGUUAACAAUGACACAAAUAGAAUAACACUCUUCUUGAAGCAGUCAUCUUGCUUUUCAACUGACACGUCCCCAUUGUAUCUCCGCCACCAACUACAAAACCAAAUAUGUUAGUUUUUC